GGAGGGGAGCGGCACAGGCCACCCUGAGGGAGCCGCGGCUGCGGGGACCCGUAGCUGGGAGGGUGGGGCUCGACCCUGUCACUCCUGGGAACUCGCGCUCUCAGAGUCCCUGUCCUCCCUCCACGCUCCUUCCGGGUACCCGUAGUGAGGCAGGGGCGCCCGCGCCUCUGCUUUCUCCUUGGUCCCUGCCCCCCACCAAGGCCCCUCCGGGCACCCGUAGUAAGGGGGCGUGUCGGACCCCCCGCCCUUCCUGGGUCCCUGCCUCCCCCAGUCCUUCUCUGGGGGCCUGUAGCGAAGGGGGGGGGGGUUCCCGCCCCCUCGUCCCCUCCUGGGUCCCUCCCCCACCAGGACCUCCCUGGGGAGCUUUCCUGGGGGGGCUCCCUGCCCCCCAGCCCUGUGGCCCUGUCGGGGGGGGUAGUGGGCACUGAGCCCCAGAGUGGUGGCUGCCCUCGGCUGCCCACCUGCCAUGGCACGUGGCACUGGGAGGGGCUGGAGAAUGUGGCACUGACAGGGCGCCCUUGGGGCUGUGGGUAGUGGUGGAGACUCGGGUCACCCUGCGCUGUUGCUGACCCCGAGGGGGCCAGCUGGGCUCUGGUCAGGGCCUGCCCGCAUGUGCCCCCCGCCGUGGACCGAUUCAGGACGGAGGAGGAAGAGACUACCCUGGCCUUGGCACCAGCGGCAGCUGGCCGGCCUGAAGGUGGCGGUGGCAGCAGGAGGAGAAGUUGGGAGGAGGAGAAGGCCAUGGAAGGUCUGGCCGGCUACGUGUACAAGGCGGCCAGUGAAGGGAGAGUGCUGACCCUGGCUGCCCUGCUGCUCAACCGCUCCGAGAAUGACAUCAGGUACUUGCUGAGCUAUGUCAGCCAGCAGGGUGGUCAGCGCUCCACGCCCCUGAUCAUCGCCGCCCGUAACGGUCACACCAAGGUGGUGCGCUUGCUGCUAGAACAUUACCGGGUGCAGACCCAUCAGACUGGCACGGUCCGCUUCGAUGGUUAUGUCAUUGAUGGAGCCACAGCUCUCUGGUGUGCAGCAGGAGCCGGACACUUUGAAGUCGUCAAACUGCUAGUUAGUCAUGGAGCCAAUGUGAACCACACUACUGUGACCAAUUCAACUCCGCUGCGGGCCGCCUGCUUUGAUGGCAGACUGGACAUCGUGAAAUAUCUGGUAGAAAAUAAUGCUAACAUCAGUAUUGCCAACAAGUAUGACAACACUUGCCUUAUGAUUGCAGCUUACAAGGGGCACACGGAUGUGGUGAGAUAUCUCCUAGAACAGCAUGCUGAUCCCAAUGCCAAGGCCCACUGUGGUGCUACAGCAUUGCACUUCGCAGCUGAAGCUGGCCAUUUAGAGAUUGUUAGAGAGCUGGUCAAAUGGAAAUCUGCAAUGAUGGUGAAUGGCCAUGGAAUGACUCCAUUAAAAGUAGCUGCUGAGAGCUGUAAGGCAGAUGUAGUUGAACUUCUUCUUGCUCAUGCGGACUGCGACAGAAAAAGUAGAAUUGAAGCUUUGGAACUUCUGGGUGCAUCGUUUGCAAAUGACAGAGAAAAUUACGAUAUAAUGAAGACUUAUCACUAUUUAUAUUUAGCAAUGCUGGAGAGGUAUAGAGACAGUGAGAACAUCGUUGAGAAAGAGGUUCUUCCACAAAUCGAAGCUUAUGGAAACAGAACUGAAUGCAGAACUCCUCAGGAAUUAGAAUCUAUUAGGCAGGACAGAGAUGCCCUUCACAUGGAAGGCCUCAUAGUGCGUGAACGAAUUUUGGGCUCGGACAAUAUAGAUGUUUCGCAUCCUAUUAUUUAUCGUGGGGCUGUUUAUGCAGAUAACAUGGAGUUUGAACAGUGUAUCAAACUGUGGCUUCAUGCUUUGCAUUUGAGGCAGAAAGGUAAUAGGAAUACCCAUAAGGAUCUCUUGAGGUUUGCUCAAGUCUUCUCUCAGAUGAUACACUUGAAUGAGCCUGUUAAAGCCAAGGACAUAGAAAGUGUUUUGAGGUGUAGUGUCUUGGAAAUAGAACAAGGAAUGUCCAGGAUUAAAAGCAACCAAGACACUGACAUCCACACAGCCAUGGACAACUACGAAUGCAAUAUUUUUACCUUCUUGUAUUUGGUGUGCAUCUCAACCAAGACUCAGUGCGGUGAAGAAGAGCAGGCUCGACUCAACAAGCAGAUUUAUAACUUGAUUAAUCUUGAUCCCAGAACUCGGGAUGGGUCUAGUUUGCUGCAUCAUGCUGUCAACUCCAGUACACCAGUAGAUGACUUCCACACAAAUGAUGUCUGCAGCUUUCCAAAUGCACUUGUCACCAAGCUCCUAUUAGACUGUGGUGCUGAAGUGAAUGCUGUGGACAGCGAAGGAAACAGCGCACUUCACAUCAUUGUUCAGUACAACAGACCCAUCAGUGAUUUUUUGACUUUGCAUUCGAUUAUCAUUAGUCUGGUGGAGGCUGGUGCUCAUACAGACAUGACAAAUAAGCAGAAGAAAACUCCUCUUGAUAAAAGUACAACUGGGGUGUCUGAAAUACUCCUUAAAACUCAAAUGAAGCUGAGCCUCAAGUGCCUGGCUGCCCGCGCAGUGCGGAUCUAUAACAUAAGCUACCGAAAGCAGAUCCCCAGAACUCUGGAAGAAUUUGUAGAAUUUCAUUAGGCCACAUAAAAUCUUUCAAGGUGGUGCUACUCAGAGAAGACUUAAAUCACAGACGAUAGAAAACAUGUGCAUAGAUUAGUUUUCUCCACUUUUGGGGUUUUUGUUUCUUUGCAUUCAGUCUUCAGGCUCUGUUCUCAAACAGAUCUUGGGGGAAAAAAAGCCACAUUGCUUGGAUGUAACUACAGUCUGGUGUCUGAAAAGGUGGUCACUCGUUUUUGAUUAAAAAAACAAAAACAAAAUGAAAACAAA